AUGAUUCAACAGACAAACUCGUCAUCUUCCACUCGCCACGUUUCUUCGGACCCUUGGAUCCCGGACGGCCAUGCUUCGUGUGUCGCCGUGGAGACAAUCGGACACUAUUCCAGGGACAUCCAAUUGUGCGUUUGUUGAAAAUCAUUCUAUCCCACUACAAGCAGUAAUCGCUUUCCACGGCGACCAAAAACGUCGAAACGGGGCGUGGUCUAGCGGCGCGCACGGUUUAUCACCGUUUUGGCGCGAAAUUCGAAAUUUAACCCCCUAUUUUUCAUGGUUUUCGUCAAAAAUUACCCAAAUUUUGUACGAUCUCGACGAUUUAGUUGCAUAAUAGCACUUUUUGAGCUUGAAACGAGCAGGUUUCAUUCAAAGAAUGAAUCAAUUCAAUCGAUUUUCAAGUUUUGUGCUGAAAAUGCGCGAAUUUCAGUCAUUCGCCGAUACUUUUUGCCGUUUGAACGCUUAAAAUACUUGUAUUAACGUGCUUAAUCACUUCCGACACUCACUUCGUCUCAAAACUAUCCAGAUCGGCAUGAAAAUUUAUAUGAAAAUUCCGAAAUUGCGGCGGCGAUUGGCCGCGGAGGGCGUAUUGCGAAUGAUGCCAAAAAACGUCUCAAACGCGGCGUUUUCACGAAAAUUUCAAUGUUUUUUCUCUUUAAUGUCUUCUUUCCACGACCUCCAGAGCUGACAAUGGGCGCGCAAGUGCGCCCCGCCCAAUAGAGCGAUAAAUUGGCGCGAAAUUUAAAUUUUAACAGCAAAAUUUGUGUUUUUUGCCAGAUUAGCCACGAAAAAUCGAUAAUUUCUCGUUUGUCUUUCGAUAGACCGAUUGUAUAGGGCUAUUACGAAUUUUUUAAGCGCAAGAGCGUUAAAUUUGGUCAAGGCGCCAAUCACAUUUAUCCGUUUGAAGGUUUUUCGCUGAAACUGCGUGAAUUUCAGUUGCUUUUCGGUAAUUUUCGCGGUUCGAGCGCUCAAAAUGCUUGUAUUUACGUGAUUUAUCAUUCUCAAAACCAAUUCUGUCGGAAAACGGUCAAGAAAGCGCAAAAUGAGAAGGCGAAAAAGCGAAAUCCGUCGAAAAUGCGCAAAAACGUCAUUAAUUCUGAGAAUUAGUGUGUUUUCAUGUCGAACAAUCAUCUAUUCAUCGCCUUUGACCACAAAAAUCAGAGAAAACCUGCUCAAUUCACGAAAAACGCCAUUUGGCCGAGGCCACGCCCGUAUUGUCAGCUCUGGAGACCGUGUUUUGUCGAUGUCAAACACAAAGAUGGCGGAAAAGUGUGCUGGAAUUGCGGCAGAUUUCAGAAAACGCGUCUCAGAUUAGGCCACGCCCCUUUCUAUACUUUUCGUCGCCGUGGCUUUCUGAAAUGAUGAUUCUGAAAAAGCGUCGGACGCCUAAAAAAGGGGACUUUCCUAGUUCUCAGAUUGUAAGAGAGACAAAAUAUUUCGCAAUGGGAAUUUCCUAACAGAGGCGCUCGCUCUAGAGUGACGUGCUGCGAGCGAUGAUUGUACUUCCUCAAAGCGAUUAAAUGUUAUCAAAAUGCGCUUUUCAGCACACCCAUCACCAUCAGUCAACACGAACUGCCCCUACUCGAAUACUACCGGGAAAACCUGCCACUCGACGUCGCCAACGACGCGUUUAAAGAUGAUGAGCCGCUCGAAAACAAUAUGGAAUCACUUCUCAGCCACCUCCACAAUAAUCAACAUUUUCUCGAGGACAAAGAUGUCGUCACGUUCCGACAAGUAUUGAAAUUGGUUGCCGCUUCCGGAAAAGCACUAAAAGUUCACGCAUUCCGCCUUCACGGAGUUAUCUUCGUCGUCUGGAGCCCCGAAUUUAUCGGAACGCGUGCAUACGCCUGGUAUGAAAUCAUUAUGGGAUUAGGCUCACGUUUUGCCGAAAUCUUGACCUCGCACAAACCAAAAGGCACAUAUCACAAAGGAGUUUUCAAGGCGACCGUCCAGAUUGGAGACCAACUUCUGACCGUCUGUUAUUCGGGAGAGGUGGACGGACGGAACAGCAAGGGCGACCAUUCCGAAAUCAAAACGACGACCUUGUCCUUUUACAAAUUUCUGGAAAGGAGAGGAAGCGAACACUACUGGCAGUGCCGGCUCGGCAACGUGAAGCAGUUCGUUGUGGGACGUCUAAACGAAGACAAAAAGUGUGCCGAUUUGAUUAAGGAUUGGACGCCGACGAUGUUCCUCACACACACGUUCCAUAAUGCAACGAUAUCUGUGAAACAAGGCGAACGUCGGCUGCAGCGGUUUCUCUUUGAUCUUCAAAUACAUCUGAAGAACGAUGGUGAUAAGGUUGUCCUGGAACGAUCCGAAGAACGUGGCGAUGGAAAUGACGAGUGGAAUGUCGAAGAGUGGAAGAGAGUUCGUUCUGAGCAAGUGUCCGGUCAGUUCGAGAAAUUGGUCAGAAAUGUGUUCACAACGAACUAAUAACGGUCUCUAGACAAAAUUAGAUAUCAAAAUUUAAAGUUUUUAAGAUUUGAGAUGAAAAAAAAAUCGAUAACUUUGUACAGAACGACGAAAAUUGUUCAAAUUUAUUUAUUAACUGAAUAUUGGGCCAAGGCCACUGAAAGAAUAAGAUAAUACAAAAGAUUAAAAAUGCAAAUGACAAACUUUUUAAAUGAAAACUCAAGAAAAUCCUAUGAAGCUUUCUAAGAAACGGGGGGACUUCUUCAAGUACUGAACCUCUACGCGGUGAAGAAGAUCGAACAAAUGACGUUUUCGGCUGUGAAUCAGACCACUUUCAAUUUAAAAAAAUGCUGAAAAUGUCAUCUGGCCAACAGUACACAGUCUCACGCGGGUCGCUGAGAUUCACUUCUCCUAGGAGACCUGGCGGCUUGUUUUCGAUCGAUUCCGAUCGGAAAUGAGUAUACAGAGACGCUUCGAAAUUUUUUUAAUCUAAUUGCCGUACUUGCGACAAGUGUUCGGGAGACCGGAAAAUUACGAAAUUGUGAGCUCACUUUUUUGCCAUGGUCUCCCAAGGGGCGCUAUUGCUAAACACAGUGCGCUCGUAAAUUGCGGAGUGUCGUUGUAACUUUUUUGAAAAUUUGCACGUCUAAAAAUGCAGUUUUCUUUUUUUUUGACUUGAAAAACGUCUAAACCGUUCUUUACACAAUUUAGAGUUUUUCAUGUUUUUCGCAUUUCGUCAAAACUUCAAACCUUUAUAUUUCAGCUCAUUUUGCAUUUCAUGAGCGCAACGAACGAUAAAAAUGUUCGCUGAAUCUUUCUUCACAAAAUUCAGGUUUCGGCGGUUAGUUUUCUUGAGCAGUUUUCGCGAAAACUACUCGAAAAACAUCAAAAUCCAGGCCAAAACCUUCAAAUCGAAAUAACUCGGCUAAUUCUCAACGAUAUGCGAGAUUUCUGUUAUCAAAACGUAGCUAGUGCUCUAAUUAUUCGACGCCAGGUUCCAGGCGUACAAAAAUAGGUAUAUUCUACAGAAAACAUGGAAAGAACGCGCGGCCUCCCGUUGAAAAUUAAUUAAUCGGCCGCCGCCGCGUAAAUCGACACAGUCCGCGUGUUGCAAGUGCGCCCCAUUGAAAUCAUUCGCGCCGUAAGAGAUUACUCAAAACUUUGAAAAACGAACGUGCUCAACCUGAUUGAACUUCACGUGGAUUUGGCGAAAAACGAAAAGCAAAGGUCAUAGAAAGAUGACAAGUUGGAAAAGUGGUUAUUUUCCGAUCUGCAGCUUCAUUUCGCUGUUUUCUCGAAUUGAAAAAGUGAGUUGAACAGAAACGAGGUUCGUGACGAAGAAACGCGUGAAACUUGCAGACUUUCGAUUCUAGUGGGCGGUGUGAGGAAAGCAAAAAGGCAAAAUGGCGAGCAAGACGAAGGGAACGAAAAAAGAGACGGGCGGCGGCGGCGGCGAGAAGAAGUCGAAGACGAAGACGACAAAGAAGAAGGCGAACCUUUCGGUGUCGAAGUCGCAGACGAGCACCGAUCAGAAGGAGACGGUCAAGGAACAGGUGCAGAAGACGCAGGCGACCGUCGACGAGCCGCCGAAAGAGCAGAAGAAGAAGGAGCCGGCGGCUGCGGCGGCGGCGGGCAAGAAGAAAAAGGACUUCAAAGUGGACGCCACGCAAGAAGACGGAAAGGUACGCACUUUCAAUUUUCUCUGUUUUCCUCCUCGACUAGCGCCUUCUUCCGGCCCACGUUCUCCAGAGCUGACUGACAAUAUGGGCGUGGCCUCGGCGGCCAAAUGGCGUUUUCAUGAAUUGAGCACGUUUUCUCUGAUUUUUGUGGUCAACGGCGAUGAAAAAUGAUUGCGCGACAUAAAAACACACUAAUUCUCAGAAUUAAUGACGUUUUGGCGCUCAUUUUUCGUGGACUUCGCCGCCCAAAAACCACACUUUUCAUUUUGCGCUUUCUUGACCGUUUUCCGACAGAAUUGGUUUUGAGAAUGAUAAAUCACGUAAAUACAAGCAUUUUGAGCGCUCGAACCGCGAAAACUACCGAAAAGCAACUGAAAUUCACGUAGUUUUAGCCAAAAACCUUCAAACGGAUAAAUUUGAUGUGCGACUUGACCAAAUUUAACGCUCUUGCGCUUAAAAAAUUCGUAAUAGCCUAUACAAUUGGUCUAUCAAGAGACAAAUAAGAAAUUAUCGAUUUUUCGUGGCUAAUCUGGCAAAAAACGCAAAUUUUGCUGUUAAAAUUUGAAUUUCGCGCCAAUGUAUCGCUCUAUUGGGCGGGGCGCACUUGCGCGCCCAUUGUCAGCUCUGGAGACCGUGGCCGCCUGUGAAAGUUCAAAGAAAAUUGUAAUUUUCGUUUUUGCAGGACGGUCCGAGCGGUAUGGAUGUGCUCGUGAAGGACGAUAAGAAGCCGGUGAAAAUGGACGAUGGAUACGAGGAUUUCGGACCCGGCGCUCAAUAA